AUGAUGGAGGAUUAUCAAAAAGUAUAUACUCAAACAUCCAUUUCUGAUAUUAUUAAGAAAGAAACUUUGAUUGCAGUUGAGAAGACUGCUACAGUUCAAGAGUUGUUGGCAGUACUCCAUAAACAUUGUUUAACAUCCGUACCAGUUGUUGACUCUGAUACAGGAAAGAACAGAGUUAUUGGAUUUGUUGAUACAAAUGAUGUACUAGCAUUACUUGUAAAGAUAUGCGAGAAUGCAUCAGUAUGUCAUCAUGCAAUGAGAUUACUUUCCAUUGGUUUCCUUCAUACAACAGUAUCAAAUAUUAUGGACUUAUCAAAGAAGGAUCAAUUUACAGUUGUACUAGAGGAGCAGUCACUAUUUGAAGUAAUGAAGAUGUAUGCCAGAGGAGUAUAUCGCGUGGCUCUACUCUCAAUAUUUAGCGAUAUUGAGGACAUUGUGAGCCAGAGUGCAGUGAUUUCCUUUAUUGCAGAUAAUGUAUCUGUCCUUGGAACUUUGAAGAAUAAGACCAUUUUGGAUUUAUUGCCUCAACUCGUAGAUAAGGCGGAUGUCAUCUCCACCCAAGCUUCAACUCUGGUGUAUGAUACUUUCAAGUCUAUGCAUCACCAUGGUGUCACAGCUGUCCCAGUUCUUUCAGACCAGACCGGACAAAUUAUUGGUACACUAUCCAUUAAUGAUCUCAGUAGUCUUAAAGAGGACAACAUGGAUCUCCUUCUCCAGUCCACCGAGAGGUUCAUCAGCAGGAACGAUAUGCUCGAUCCAAACAAACAUAAACCAUCCUACCCAAUUAUUAUCUCUGUAAAGGAUACACUUACCCAUGCAAUUGAGAUGUUGGCCAAGUACAAGAUUCAUAGAUUGUGGAUUGUUGAUGAACAUAGAAAGCCCAUCUCCAUUCUCUCACUUACAGAUGUGUGCAAGAUCAUUACAGAACCACCUGCUGAGUUGAAAGCU